AUGUCAGGAGCGACUAUCGUGUUCUCCGCUCAGGACGACCUGGAAAUGACGAGCAUGCAAGAUCAUCACGAUGUCAAGGUGGAGAAGUUGGCUGAAGCUGGUGAUCCGGUGGUCGAAAAAGCGUCCUUCAUGGAGCUGUUCAAGUAUGCUGACAUGGUCGACAUGCUGCUGAUGUCCUUGGGGACUCUGGGUGCCAUUGCGAAUGGUUGUUUGCUCACCAUGUUCUCCUUCUUCUUGGGAGAUCUGGUACAGGUCCUGUCGGGCAGUCAAUAUGCCUCCUCGUCCGAGAGCAUCCAGCGCAGUCUCUCGGAGCGAGUCAACACGGUCGCGAUUCAGUUCGCUCUGGUGGGCCUGGCAGCGUUCUUCUGUUCCUACGUGGAGGUGGGGUGGUGGAGCGCCUCGGGGUUCCGGCAAGCAACUCGGGUCAAGGGCGCGUACCUGCGAGCGAUUCUGAGUCAGAGCAUAGGCUACUUCGACGAGCAUGACAUGUCAGCCCUGUCAGGAAAGAUCACCAUGGAGACCCAGCAGAUGCAGAGCUCGAUGGGUGAGAACGUGGGGAAGACUGUGCACUACAGCGUCACCUUCAUUUCCGCUCUCAUCCUCAGCUUUGUCAUGGGAUGGCAGCUCUCGCUGUUCAUCCUUGGAAGCCUGCCGGUGCUGAUAGGAGCCUUCGUCUUCCAGGACAUCAUGAUGCGGAGGGCGCAGACGAGCGCCCUGGCCGCAUAUUCGGCCGCUGCCGUCGUCUCCCAAGAGUCUCUGAGCAACAUCCGGACGGUGAAGCAGCUGGGGAUCGGGACGGUCGUGGGCCGCCAGUACGGGGAGUCGCUCGUGACGGCAGAGAAGUCCGGGAUCAAAGGAGGGCUGAUGAACGGCAUCGGCUUCGGCCUGUCGACGGGAAUCAUCUUUGCCUUCUUCGGUUUCACCAUGUGGUUCGGAGGCUAUCUCAUUGCCAACCAGGUCAAGGCUACCUACACAGGCCAACCCUGGAACGCUGGUGACGUCAUCACUGUCACCUUCGCUCUCCUGCUGGGAGCGAUGAGUCUGGGGCAAGUGCAGGCUCCCGUCACCGCCAUCCUUCUCGGCCGAGCAGCCGCAAGGAACAUCUUCGACAUGCUUGCCCGGCGAUCGGAGAGCAACGUGCUCUCAAAGGAGGGAAAGGAGCUGGAGAAGCUGGAAGGGCAUCUGUCGUUCAAGGGCGUCGCGUUCUGCUACCCCUCGAGGAAGGAGGUGAUGGUUCUCAACGACUUCUCCCUCGAAAUCCCCGCGGGCAAGACGACGGCGCUGGUGGGGGAGAGCGGGAGCGGAAAGAGCACCGUGAUCCAGCUGAUCGAGCGGUUCUACGAGCCCACAGCGGGGAGGAUCGAGCUUGACGGAGUUGAUAUCUCCUCGCUCAACAUCGAGUGGCUCAGGAAGCAAAUAGGCCUUGUCUCACAGGAGCCUGUGCUCUUCGCCUGCUCUAUCCUGGACAACAUCGCCAUGGGUAAGCAAGGAGGAGCCGUCAGCAGAGAGAUGGUUGAGGCCGCUGCUCGAGAUGCUAACGCGCAUCGAUUCAUCAUGAAGCUCCCCCAAGGAUACGACACUCCCUGCGGAGAGAGGGGAGCGAAGCUGAGCGGGGGGCAGAAGCAGAGGAUCGCCAUAGCUCGAGCGAUCGUGAGAGGAGCCAAGGUCCUCCUGCUCGACGAGGCGACCUCUGCCUUGGAUGGGGCGAGUGAGAAAGUCGUGCAGCAGGCGCUGGAUCGCGCGGCCCAUGGCAGGACGACGCUGGUGAUCGCUCACCGACUCUCCACCAUCCGCGAUGCCGAUCAGAUAGCUGUGGUUCAGCUUGGAAGGGUCGUGGAGAUCGGACAGCACGCGGAGCUUCUGGAGCUCGACAGGCUCUAUGCUCAGAUGUGCCAGAGACAGGCAGCAGCUGCAGGAGAUGCGAGGAAAGACUCAGUCUUCAGCUUGGGUUCGGUUGCUUCCACCCAGGCAGAAGAGUCUGAGAUCCAGACCUGUGGCGAGAAUGUGACUGAGCUCGACGAGAUAGCAAGCGAGUCGUUUGCCGCGCUGCAGAAGGAGAACAAGGAAGAGGAGAACCUGGAAGAGACAAGAUCCGAAGGUCCUUCUGUGGGCACGUGGCGACUGUUGUCGUAUAAUCGUCCUGAGAUGGGGAUUGUCAUUCUUGGCAUCCUCUUUGCGGGCGGUUAUGGUUGCGCAUAUCCCAUCUUUGCCUUGUUCUUUUCUCGUGCCAUGACGGGACUUCAAGGAGCUGAAGGAACUAGCAAGAUGCUAACGCUCAAGAUCGCCUACUUUGACGAGCUCAAGAACAGCAGCGGAGCUCUCUGCUCCAGACUUGCUGUAGAAGCCAACGAGGUGAAGGGAGCAUGCGCAGAGAAGUUAGGACUCUUCUUCGGCAACCUUGUCACGCUCGUUUCCGGCAUCGUCGUCGGACUAGUCGCGGGCUGGAAGUUGUCGCUGGUUGUCAUCGCCUGCCUGCCCAUCAUGACCUUGGGAGUUCUCGUGGAGCAGACCCUCAUGAUGCACGGACUUGAAGACACCAAGGAUGACUCCUCGGCCUCGGUGCUGAGUGAAACCCUUGAGAAUCGUAGGACGAUUGCAGCCUUCACCCUGGAGAAGAGCUUCAUGAAGCGCUACGAGGAGAGUCUCUCCGCCUCCCUCCGCCGCGGCAUCCGCAAGGCCAACCUGGCCGGCGGUGCCUUCGGGUGCUCGCAGGCGGUGCAGUACUGGGUCUACGCGUUGGGCUUCUGGUACGGAGGGAAGCUCGUCGCCAGCAUGGAGUGGAGGCUGAGCGAGUCGGAGCUCCAGGUCACCUGCCAAGAGCUCGUCGCGAGCUCGCAGUAUGCAGACUUCUCAGUGUGCGAGGUUGCGCUCAACACGAGCUACGGCUUCGGGCAGAUGAUGCAGGCCUUCUGGGGCAUCGUCCUCGCAUGCAUGGGGCUCGGUGAAGCUUUGACCUUCGCUCCUGACGCCAACAAGGUCGAUGGCGAACGCCUGGAUCAGGUGCGGGGAGAGAUCGACUUCGUCGACAUCCACUUCAGCUACCCGUCGCGGCCGGAAGCAAAGGUGCUGCAGGGCCUAACGCUCAAGGUACCUGCUGGCAGCAUCAUGGCGCUAGUCGGGGAGAGCGGGUGCGGCAAGAGCACCCUCAUCCAGAUGGUUCAACGUUUCUACGACCCCUUCAGCGGAACUGUGCUGCUGGAUGGGACAGACGUCUCACGGCUGGACCUCAACUGGUACCGGAGCAUCCUCGGUGUGGUCUCGCAAGAGCCCGUGCUCUUCAACUGCAGCAUCUUCGACAACAUUCAGUACGGGAAGGCUGACGGCACUCUGACCAUGGAGGAUUGUGAAGCUGCUUGCCGCAAGGCCAACGCCCAUGACUUCAUCUCCAAGCUCCCGGAGGGUUACGCGACCCAGUGCGGUACAGGAGGGUCGAAGCUGAGUGGAGGGCAGAAGCAGAGGGUAGCGAUAGCCCGAGCACUGGUGAGAGACCCCAAGAUCUUGCUGCUCGAUGAGGCGACGUCGGCAUUGGAUACCGCGAGCGAACGUCUGGUGCAGGAGGCACUCGCGCAGGCCUCAAUAGGACGGACCACCCUCGUCAUCGCUCAUCGCCUCUCUACCAUUCAGAGCUCUGACUGCAUUGCCGGCAUAUCAGCUGGGAGAGUGGUGGAGCUGGGAACACACGAGGAGCUGCUGAGGACCCUCACGCCCGACAGCAUCUACGCAAACUUGGUCCGGCUCACUCAACGAUAG